CUGUCAUGGCGUCUCCCUUGAAGGGGGUUUGGUGCUGGAGAAAGUAGCCGCUGUCAUUUAUCAACUACCUCGCGCGUGCAGUGCAGCUAACCCCGACCGAAGAGGCUUUUAGGAGCGGGUAGUUACCAUGGGCACCGUCCAUGCUAAGAGUCUGGAUCCUCUCCCGAUGCAUGGCCGGGACUUGGGUAUCCACCCUGAUGACCUGGUGGAACCUCCAGAACCGGAGCAGGAGUCCAAGCAGGAGAUCCUGGAAAACAAAGAUGUGGUCGUCCAGCAUGUCAACAUCCAGGGUCUUGGAAGAACUAAAGAGGACCUGCUCGGCUAUGAGAUCUCUGAGGUUUUCCACGCCAAAAACCUCAUCGACGUGAUGAAGAAAUCUCACGUCGCCAGACAGAAGCUGCUCCGCCUGGGAAUCUUCAAAGAGGUGGAGGUCCUGAUCGAUACAUCUGAAGGUUCGGACGCUUUGCCCAACGGACUGAAUGUAACUUUUGAGGUGACGGAGGUCAAAAGGCUGACGGGAAGCUACAACACCAUGGUUGGCAACAAUGAAGGAAGCAUGGUGCUGGGUCUGAAGUUGCCCAACAUGUUUGGUCGAGCGGAGAAACUCACCUUCCAGUUCUCCUACGGGACCAAGGAGACGUCCUACGGCCUGUCCUUCUUCAAGCCCCAGCCUGGGCACUUUGAGCGCAACCUCACCCUCAACAUGUACAAAGUCACCGGUCAGUUCCCAUGGAGCUCCUUAAAGGAGACCGACAGAGGCGCAUCUGCAGAAUUGAAUUUUCCUCUGGGGAGGACCAACCACACGCUGAAGUGGGAGGGUGUAUGGCGGGAGCUGGGCUGCCUGGCACGCAGUGCGUCCUUCGCCGUGCGAGAGGAGAGCGGACACUCGCUGAAAUCUGCCCUCUCGCACACUGUGUCAAUCGAUUCAAGAAAUUCCGCCAUUUUCCCCAGCCGGGGUGCCUUACUUCGGAUCAACCAGGAACUGGCUGGGUACACAGGAGGAGACGCCAGCUUCCUGAAGGAGGAUUUUGAGCUGCAGCUCAACAGACGGCUCUUCUGGGACUCGGUCUUGUCUGCGUCUCUGUGGGGGGGAAUGCUUUGUCCCAUCGGACGACAGCCGUCCUGCAUCGCUGACAGGUUCUACCUCGGAGGUCCCACCAGUGUGCGAGGGUUUGGGAUGUACAGCAUCGGGCCGCAGAGUGAAGGUGACUAUCUGGGUGGAGAGGCGUACUGGGCCGGCGGUCUCCACCUCUAUACUCCGCUGCCCUUCAGACCGGGCAAGGGCGGCUUCGGAGACCUUUUCAGAACUCACUUCUUCCUUAACGCGGGCAACCUCUGCAACCUCAACUAUGGCGACGGUCCCCGGGCGCACCUUCAGAAGCUGGCUGAAUGUAUCCGCUGGUCGUACGGAGCGGGCAUCGUGCUGCGGCUCGGCAACAUCGCCAGACUGGAGCUCAACUACUGUGUUCCCAUGGGAGUCCAGAGCGGAGACAGGAUAUGUGACGGUGUCCAGUUCGGAGCAGGGAUUCGCUUCCUGUGACCUUAUCACUCCACUGCCCUCGAUGCUCCAGCAGAGGCUGCGACAUGAGAAAGGGCCUUGUUGUUUGUCACCUGUAACUUGUUGUAGAGUGUGUAACACUAGCAUGGGUCCCUUGUCCUGGAGAGACGUGCCUGAGACCCCCCCAAACCUAUUGACAUGCACUGGUCGAGGCUUUUGAACAACAAAGUGCCAGCGCUGGGCCAUAAAACUAGCGAAACUUUUGUGCAGUACAAACGGUUUGGUUUAAAUUUUUCAGCGCUGGUACCUUGUCUGUGUGGGGAAAAAAGUCAUCUAUCGGUGAUUUCACCCACUGUGUUUCCUGGGGUGACACAAAAUAAAUUAUUUUCCAGAAUGUUAAAGAGAUUUCGGGCAUGUUCCCUGUUUGCCUUCCAGGAAAGCUUCUGAUCUAGGAGAACGACUUGUUAGUGAUUUACUUUUGACACCACGCACUCCCUUGUCGUGAUGGGAGGGAUCAUACCGAUAAAGGCACUUUUUAAUCAAAGCAGUGGUGUCGGAAGGGAAUCCAAACCUUCAUGCCAAAGCAGUUGUCUGAUGUGAAGAACGGCGGGUCAACCUCUCGAGGUUGGAAACCCCUCCACCCCCACCCACUCUCCUGAGCAACAUCCACCACCAGUGCUCUUACCGUUGGUCCUCUUUUUUUUGAUGUUGUUGAAGCUAUUCACGAAUAAAUCCCAGCUGCUCCCCU